UGCCCCGUGGGUGCCGCCUUCGAUGCGAAGCAGCAGCGCAGGAGCGCGGCGGGCAGGGAAACGGGUCUGUUUGAUGUUCCAGAACUGAGUUGUCCAGAAGGAUUUCAAGAAGCACAGGACAAAGCAUUGCAGGAAUCGGAACAACUAGUUCAGAAGGCAUGUUCAGCACCACCUGGGCCUGAGAUUGUAAAGAUCUUUGAUCAGCUUUCAGAUGCUUUAUGCAGAGUAGCAGAUUUGGCUGAUUUUGUGAAAAUUGCCCAUCCUGACUUUGCAUUCAGAGAGGCUGCUGAAGAAGCUUGCCGGAAUAUCGGUACUAUGGUUGAAAAAUUAAAUACAGAUGUUGAACUCUGCCAGAGUUUGAGACGGUUGUUAGCUGAUGAAGUUGUUAUGAAUUCCCUCGAUCCAGAAACCAGGCGAGUGGCAGAACUUUUUAUGUUUGAUUUUGAGAUCAGUGGCAUUCAUUUGGAUGAAGAAAAGCGUAAAAAGGCAGUCGACCUCAACGUCAGAAUAUUGGAUUUGUGUAACGAAUUUCUGACAGGAACUCACCUUCCCAACAAGAUUGACAAACGUGUUUUGCCAGAGCAUAUUCGGUCUAAUUUUGCAACCGAAGGCAAUUACUUAGAAGUUGCUGGUCUGCACGCUGACUGUCCCAAUGAUCUGGUACGAGAAGCUGCUUACAAGAUUUUUCUUUACCCAAAUGCUGAGCAACUAAACUGUCUAGAAGAACUGCUUGCUAGCCGAAACAGUCUGGCACAGUUGGUUGGGUAUGAGACCUUUGCCCACAGGGCUCUUCAGGGAACAAUGGCCAAAAAUCCAGAGACAGUAACACAGUUUCUAGAGAAGCUUUCUGACCAGUUGUCUGAAAGAACUCAAAAAGAUUUUGAAAUGAUGACGAAGAUGAAAAUGAAGCUUAACCCUCAGAAUUCAAAAUUGAUGCCGUGGGAUCAUCCUUACUACAGUGGCGUCCUUCGUGCUGAGAGGUACAACAUUGAUCCCGGCUUGUACUGUCCAUUCUUCUCUCUUGGGGCCUGCAUGGAAGGUUUGAAUUCUUUGUUCAGUCAGCUCCUAGGAAUCUCCCUUUAUGCUGAACAAACACAGAGAGGAGAGGUUUGGUCUGAAGAUGUUCGAAAGCUGGCUGUUGUUCAUGAAAAUGAAGGUUUGCUAGGAUACAUCUACUGUGACUUCUUUCAACGACCUGAUAAACCACAUCAGGAUUGUCACUUCACAGUUCGUGGAGGCAGGCUAAGGGAAAAUGGAGAGUACCAGCUGCCUGUAGUUGUUCUUAUGCUUAGCCUACCGCAUUCAACAAGGAAUGCACCAACGCUACUAAGUCCUGGCAUGAUGGAGAAUCUCUUCCAUGAAAUGGGGCAUGCUAUGCAUUCUAUGCUGGGACGAACUCGAUACCAACAUGUCACUGGAACCAGAUGUCCUACUGAUUUUGCUGAAGUUCCCUCUAUUCUGAUGGAGUACUUUGCGAAUGACUAUCGAGUGGUUAACCAAUUUGCCAGGCAUUAUAAAACUGGGCAGCCACUACCAAAAAACAUGGUGUCAAGACUGUGUGAGUCCAAAAAGCUGUGUGCUGCAGCUGAUAUGCAACUCCAGGUCUUUUAUGCUGCUUUGGACCAAAUCUACCAUGGGAAACAUCCUCUACAGAAGUCAACCACAGAAAUUUUAAAGGAAACACAGGAGAAAGUUUAUGGAUUGCCACAUGUACCUAAUACGGUGAGUGGAACUGUACCAAAUAAAAAAGUUGUGCUACACUAUUCUGCAUAUUAAUACCCCUACUUCUCC